GGUUCGCGGGUUCAAACCCGGCUGAGGUCGAUGGAUUUUUAUUUCUUACCAAAUGUUUCUCUUGUUUUCCUCAUUCGUUAUUAGAUGUCUCUCACAGACAAAUUACGAUUGGGUAGAACUGGCUUAUCACUCGAAAUUGCACUUCAACAAUAAUUAAGAUCGGGUUAAUGGCACAAUCAUUUUAGUGGAAAUGCAUGACUAAUGAAACUGGUUGGACUAAUGUCGUAGCGUAAGUUUCUGACGUCGCUCCACAUAUUAUUAUCUAUGACUCUGAUCCAGUAGCAGAAGAAAGAAAAGUUAUAAAAGCACAAUUUUCUAGGGAAAGUGUUAAGUUAUGUGUUUGUUCCCGGUCGUGGUUGUAGUCACAAAAAAUAACUUGCCAUGAUCCGACUUCGGGCUUUGAAUGAAGAAUCAUCAGAAGAAAGUGAAAAAGAAGAGGAAACGCCAUUAAUCAGAAGAGAAGCACAGGAACAAAUUGCCUUUGCCCAGUAUAAUGAAGCCUUAGCUAUGCUGAGGGAGAAGAAUUUUGGUGCUGCGAAGGGAAUUUUCCAAACAUUGCUUGAAAACAGUUUCUUAGUUGAGAUUACAAAGCGAGAUGGAACAGAAGGCUUGCGUCACCCAGCUUUGGUUCUGAAAUAUUCGUGCUUGAAAAACAUGGGUAUGUUACUAGAAAAACAAGGAGAAUUACAAGGAGCUUUGCAGCGUUUUCUUCAGGCAUCUGAGCUCGAUCGCAGUGAUGUCACGCUGUGGUAUCGUAUCGGUAAAGUCGCUCUUCUAGUCGUUGAUUACGAACUGGCCUGUGAUGCUUUUCUUGAGGGACUACGAUGUAGCCCGCGACACUGGCCGUGUUUGGACAACCUUGUGACCGUCUUGUACGUGCUAAAUGGAUACCUUCCGUGCCUUUUAUACAUAGCUCGAGCUUUUGAGCUAGAUCCUGAUUUUGCCAAGGGAUUAGCAUUUAGAGACAAAAUCCUGGCAGAACAACCUUCAAUCAUCAAUGAUUUCAGUUUUUAUUGUAAAGGAUAUGGUCUUGGCUGUUUGAAUACGAAACUUGCCGGUGAAACAGGCAGAGAGUUCAUUGAAGAAGCUCUGGAAAUGAGAGAAAAGAAAAGGAAAGUUUCUAGUGAUGCAUUUACUUUGAAACCUGUGGAGACGAUUACAUUAGUUCAGGCACUUUCGGCAAAAACAUGGCUAGCGUUAGGAAACGGUCUUGUGCAGCUCCAUCGGCACAUUGAAACUAACAGAAGUAUCAGGCAUUUCUGCUGUCCUGUUGACCUGGAGGUAAUGGCAGGAACUGUGAAUCAUGCAGAAAAAGAUGUGAAGCCAGCAGAUGAGACAGUGGAUGUUGAAGAAGUGGCAAUUGAGGAUGGGAGGACUGCUGUGAAUGAAGAAACUCCUUCACUUGCUCCGGGAGAAGAAGAUGGAGCAGCUGAUGCCAGAGGAACCACCGAAGGCGACGAUACAAAAUCACGGAAGCGACGCCGGAGCUCUCUGUCCUUUCUUGAACAAUGGAUGUGGGGUGGAAAGCGUCGUUCGGCCAGAGUUCGUUCUACCGUCAAAAGGGAGGCAGAGAGAGAGGAGGGUAACUUGGAGGAAGCACUGAGGAGACUUGUGCCGCAGUCAUUAUUGCCAAAUGUUAUGAAAGAUGACAAGCGAAAGGAUCUGGAAGCUAUGAAGUCUACAGAAAACUCCUUGAAUACGAUGGAUCUCUAUAAGCUGUUUGAAAGACGUGAAAGCACAGAAGGUCGAUCCGAUGACAAUCACCAUUCGACUGCUGUUUCGCCUAGCAGAGAGAAAGGAGAAAGGGUAAAGUUAACUGAGGAAGGAUAUUUUGGAUCUGAAAAGGAAAACUGUGAUGUUGAGGAAUUUAUUCAGUCCAACACUCGGUGUGACAUCAUUGACCUGCUUACCAGCUAUGUGAGGUCACUGAGCAGUAAAUGGCAGCUAUUAUGGCCUGCAGCCCUCCCUGCUGUGUUUCUACAGGCAUAUGUGUGUAUGAGGCAACAUGUGAGCCAUCCUUCCGCGUUCUCCUCUGACGAAGAUGCCUGUUCGCUCGUAGAAGAUGCGUGCAUCACCUUGUUGUACGGAGAGCUACUUCUUGAUGGUUGUCUGCAGAAUGAGAAGAGGUUGUAUAAUCGUGGUUCAGACGAGAGUGGAACCCUGAACAGAGAAGAGCCCACUGCAACAAAUAAAUUAUUUUCUACCUUUAUAUCACUGUGUGAGGAUCAGUUCCCAGCAGAAUCACUAGGACAGUUGGUAUUACUGUCGGGCCGGGAAGAUUUAUUUCAUGAGGAACAUUUGAAAUACGUGUUGCGUCUCUACUGGCUGAAAGCUCAUCUCUUCCUGAAUCAAGGAAAUUCAGAAAUCGCUAUACAAUCAUUACACACGGUAAGUGUAGGCCCCAUGUGGGCAAACUUUGGCCAGUGACAAAAUUCAGUCUGCCCUGUGAUGUUUG